AUGAAUUCAGAGGAUUCAUAUGGUCAUCAUCUUGGUGAGUAGUUUUAUUCAAAAACACUUAAAUUUGUGCUAGUUUAUUUAGAUGAAUAUUAAAUUUAUGUCUAAUACAUGUGUAUAGCAUCUUGUUAAACACUUCUGUCGAAUGGAAGCAAAUAUUCUCGAUUUAUUCUUAUAAUAAAAAUACAUAUUUUAUUUGUUAUAAUAAUAAAAUAUGUGAUAGCAGUAAUAAAUAUGUUGAAUUUUAAACAUUUACUGUCUCAAAAUUGUGAGUGUAAAGAAAAAUAUGUAAUAUUUAUAUAUUUAUACGUAAUAUGUGACAAAUACGAAUCGUUGCUUAGCAACGGCCGCCAUUAUGAUCGAUCUAAAAAUUCGUUACAGUUCAAAUGUGUGGUGACGAGUAUGGAACAGAAAGAUGUUAAUGCUCCCAUUUCGAGAGGCAUUAAAUUGUGUCAAAUGACACAUAAAGGUAACUAAAAUAGUAUAAAUUAGUCAUAAACAAUCUCAAAUUAUGUUUACUUUUCGAAAUUAAUUAAAUUUGAAUAGAUUUUAUUAUUUCAUUCUAUAACUCCAAAUAUGACGCAACCCGGGAAGAUAUGCUUUUAUUUUGUCUAUAAAAUAUUUAUUAAUUAAUGUUAAUAUUAUUAAUCAGUUUUUUCAUAUAUUUGUUUUAAUAUAUGUAAAUAUUUAAUUUUUAAUAAAGAAUUUCUGAAUAAUUUUUUAUGAAAUUUACACCGAUAGGCUUCAUACUGGUUGACUUCUAUUGGAAUUGUUGAACGCCAUUUUGAAAUUCAAAUUACCCAUAUUGAAAUCUAUUAAUGUUCUUAGAAUUUAGAAUCAUAAUGAAUAUAGAUCUAUUCAUUAUAAUGCAUAUAUAGAAUCGCAAUUAUUAUAUUAAAUACAUAUAUCACGAUUAUCAUAUUAAACAAGUGGGGAAAGUGAUUAAAGUUAUUAUUUUUCUAAAUUUUUUUAUAGGAAGCUGCUUCCAUGCCAUAAUAGAGAAAACUUGGUAGUUUCCUUGUGCAAUGGUAUGGGUAAGUAACAACAAAAAUUAAUUUCAUUGCAUGUUUUAAUGCUGGUAUUAAAUUCCUGAUUACAUUGAUUCUCAAAAUAAAUUGCGAAUUUUUGUGUUUUGUUUAGAUUCAUGCAGAAUUACUAAUGACAUGGUUUGAAGCUGCUUUUAUGUCAAAAUAGGAAAAGCUUUGGCACUUCUUCCUGCAACAGUGUGGGU